AGCUGUGUCUCCAUGUCAGAUGUGUCUGCCGCUCCUGGAGAGACAUCAUAUCAAACCCAGAGGUUCCUGUCACUGAAAUUGAAGAAGUGUAAGGGUGCAUGCUCUUGCCAGAUAUCUUGGUUUGUGAGGGGACACAGGCUGCACGACCAGGCGGACUGCAUGAUGAGACACACUCCUGAGCUACUGAAUUCCAAUGAGGCUUCACUAUAAUGUGUUGUAUGUGUUGUUUCAAAUGGAGAACACGGCUCCUCCUGUAGAUACCAGAGGUACUGGAGAAAAGCAGCUCCAGAUGACUCAAGAGCAGCAAUGUAUUAUUAACCACAACAUGCAGCCGAGUCAUGUGGUCAAAGUUGAAGCUUUUGCAGGCACAGGUAAGACAAACAUGCUGAUCAGGUUUUCCCAACAGAGACCAAAUCUUCGCCUUCUGUACGUUACCUUCAACAAAGCUAUAGCGACCAAGGCGAGACGCUGGUUUCCCAAAAAUGUGGAAUGCAGGACGGUCCACUCCUUGGCCUACGACGCUGUGGGGAAAAGGUACACUGUGCUGAAGAAGGUCACGGAAAAAGUGAAGUUGUUCUUCUUGUCCAAGGUUUUGCCGGAGGGGAAGAAAGGCUACGUGAAUGCGAAAGUGGUCAGCCAGACUAUCGACACCUUCUGCCAAUCCACAGACUCGCACAUCAGCACCAAACACGUCCCACUCGAAUACAAAAACACCAACGGCUUCAUCCAAACUACCAAACCCCACGAGAAACGGGAAUUUGUCAAGAUAGCAAAAGAUGUUUGGAGCAAAAUGAUCAAGGAGGAGCCACGUGAACAUCAUGCUUACUGCAUCACACAUGAUGGCUACCUUAAACUGUGGCAGCUCCAGAAGCCCAUUUUGAAAGAGUAUGAUAUCAUCAUGAUUGAUGAAGCUCAGGACUGUUCUCCAGUUAUCAUGGACAUUUGGCUUUCUCAGCCUUGUGCAAAGAUCUUCGUUGGAGAUGCUCACCAGCAGAUCUAUGCUUUCAAAGGAGCUGUCAAUGCCAUGCACACAAUACCGCACACACACCUUUACUACCUAACACAGAGUUUCAGGUUUGGCUCUGAGAUUGCUUACGCUGGAACUGUGGUCUUGGACGCAUGCAAAAAAGUAAAGAGGAGCUUAUUGGGAGCAAAACAAGACGGCAGUGUGUGUGGUGAUGACAGUGAGGUGGUGGACAGCCUAAGGUCAGGAUCGGGGAAGGGAGACGGAAGAAUCGCUGUUUUGUGUCGUAAGAAUGUCACUGUGUUCAGCGAAGCAGCUCGGCUUGUCCAAUCAAACCCAGAGUGCAGAAUUUACUUCAUUGGGGGAGUUCAAAAGCUUAAGCUGAAAGACAUUGAAGACAUUUGGACUCUGAAAUCAAGGGGACAAUGGGAAAACUGGGAUAGGAAAGAAUUCCGUAAUCCCUUCAUUCAGCACUUCAGCAGGCAUGGAGGCUUUGUGGCGUUGCGACACUACAUCAAUGAGAGUGAGGAUGAGGACCUGACCUAUAAACUGACUGUGGUGGAGAAAUACAGCACACAAAUCCCUCAUCUGGUCAGCCGCCUCAUCGCCAGUGCAGCAAAAAAAGUCCAGCGAGCAGAUUUCAUCCUGGGCACGGUGCACAAGUCAAAAGGCCUCGAGUUCCACACGGUCAUCGUGGCAGACGACUUCAAAAGAGUGCCCAGAGCCACGUCCCCCCUGCAGGUCUCACUCCCAAGAGAUGUUCAGGAGGAUGAGUGGAAUUUGCUGUACAUAGCUGUGACUCGAGCUAAGAGAAAGCUGUUCCUCAACAAAACCAUCAUCAGUAUCCUGGAAAUGAAAGGGCACUGCUUCCUGAAGUCAGGGAUGAUCACGACGGGUCCACCUUUUGUAUGUUGCGCUCCAUCCAACCGAACUUGUGGAAUGGAGAAUGGAAUUGCUAUGAGGAAGAUGCCCGUCACAUAUGUGUGUGAUCAGGAGGGUUCUGCAGUGAGUUUGACGAGUGAGGACGGUGGGUUGCUGUGUACAUCAUGUGUGAAACGACGCCUUGGCGCACUCUCAGCUCUGCUGACCGUUCCCUCAUCCACAUCUUAGGGAGGUUCUCCUUUCGAGUCUUGGUUCCUCUCAGUGGUUCUUCCUCAUCUUCUUAGGGAUUUUCUCCUUUCGAGUCUUGGUUCCUCUCCGUGGUUUUCUCCUUUUGAGUCUUGGUUCCUCUCAGUGGUUCUUCCUCAUCUUCUUAGGGAUUUUCUCCUUUCGAGUCUUGGUUCCUCUCCGUGGUUUUCUCCUUUUGAGUCUUGGUUCCUCUCAGUGGUUCUUUCUCAUGCUCUUAGGAACCAAGACUGCAAAGGAGAAACUCCCUCUGAGUGGUUCUUCCUUAAUGCUCUUAAGGAGGUUCUCUUUUUGAGUCUUGGUUCCUGUCAGAACCUCUAAGUGUGCACACCUCUGGUCCUGGGUUGGCUCAUCUGUUAAUUGCCAGAUUGUACAGGAACAGCUAAGCUGUGCAUUUUAAAUUAAAGAUCUAAUAAAAAUCUAACACAGACCCAUGAGAUGACUGGUGUAUCUUAUGAUGUACUUCAUGCUGAUAAUUUCCAGAUGUUUGUGUUAUUAUCCUGAACAGCUGCACAGCUCUUGCGUUACCUUCUUUAUUCAUAACCAGUGCCAGAAAAAGA